CCAUCACCACCUAAACCAUCACUAGCCUCUCUUCUUCUACUUCUCGUCUGCCCAACAGAGAAAAGCAUAACCCAGAUACUCAAAAGCACUCACUAUGGCUCGCUCUUCUUCACUUGUGCUGCUUCUUGCCGUCUCUUCCGUGCUUGUGGCUUCUUCCUCAGCUGCCAACUUCUACCGGGACUUCGAUGUCACAUGGGGAGACGGCAGAGGCAAGAUCCUCAACAAUGGCGAUCUCCUCACUCUUUCCCUUGACAAGUCCUCUGGCUCGGGAUUCCAGUCCAAGAACGAGUACUUGUUCGGCAAGAUUGACAUGCAGCUCAAGCUCGUCCCUGGCAACUCUGCUGGAACUGUCACUGCGUACUAUCUAUCCUCGAAAGGAGCAAACUGGGAUGAAAUCGAUUUCGAGUUCCUGGGGAAUUUAAGCGGCGACCCGUACAUCCUCCACACUAACGUCUUCAGCCAGGGGAAAGGAAACAGAGAGCAGCAGUUUCAUCUGUGGUUCGACCCGACUGCCGAUUUCCACACUUACUCCAUCCUCUGGAACCCACAGCGCAUCAUAUUCUCAGUGGAUGGCACCCCAAUCAGAGAGUUCAAGAACGCGGAGAGCAACGGCGUCCCGUUCCCAAAGAAUCAGCCGAUGAGGAUUUACUCCAGCCUGUGGAACGCCGACGACUGGGCUACGAGGGGCGGGCUGGUGAAAACGGAUUGGUCGAAUGCUCCGUUCACAGCUUCCUACCGCAACUUCAAUGCCAAUGCCUGCGUGUGGACCAACGGCAAAUCUUCUUGCUCUGCAACAGGAUCAACUUCGGAUUCCUCUUCUGCCGAGUGGCUGUCGGAGGAGCUGGACACCACGAGCCAGGAGAGGCUGAAAUGGGCGCAGAAGAACUACAUGAUCUACAAUUACUGCGCUGAUAACAAGAGAUUCCCUCAGGGGCUUCCCCAGGAAUGCAACCUCUCUUAAUAACCAGAUUGUUUGUAACCUUAGACAGCCAUUCUUUUAUUCUUUCCCCUAUCUUUGUGUAAUCAAUGCAAUCCAUUUGCUGUGUAUUAACUAUCAAAUAUUAAGAUUGCAAAAAAAAAAAAAAGUUUUCCGCUGCCGGGAUUUGAACCCGGAAUUCGAUUCAAUUGAAUUUGCCAGAUUGCUACAGCGGAUUUAAUUGUUCAGAUAUCACCUACAAAACUAUAUAAUAAAUGCCUUUAUUAUAC